AUGGCAGGAGAACUUCUGACUACAUACUUUGAUCCCAUCCUUGCUAACAUUUUGGCCAACUCAGAUGAAAAUGUACUUCUACGUUGGGCAAACGUCACUUGUGAUGCAACCGGAGAUAAGAGACCAGAUGCAACUAUCAGCAAGUUACGCAAAUGUCUUUUGGACCAAGCCUUGGAUUUGGCAAGGCAAAAAGUGGCUCAACCAACAUGCGAUAAAUACAUGCUUUGCCUCGACUUGACACGUUUGGCCACUUUUGCAAAAGAUACGAUUGACGAAAACAAGUUGAACGCAUCUUUAUCAUUCCAAAUACAUGGUUUUAGCGUUACUCUUAUCUUCACCCGUUUACGACACGAUGGCAUCUAUAUCAUGCAAGAAAUAGCCCAUAUGACGUUUCCUCGAUCGGUUGAAGAAUUAGCUACUUUCAUCAGCAUGAAAAAUUUGAAGAUGCUGCUCAAAGUCACUGAUGUAUUUUGGCGAUUAUUCAAACCAUGCGACAACGAAGAGCUGAUUAAAGCAAAUGGUCGUGCCACACAUCCUUCGUUGCAUUCAUUGAUUGAUAUAUCCAAAGAUCGACGUCGUUUAUGUUCAUUACGAUUUGGAUCAUAA